GAUACCUUUUUGAUGAAUCCAAAGAAGACAAUUCACAUGCAUUUACACUACAAGACCGUAAAAAUGUGCUUAAAAUAGAUGGUAAACAUAGUUUUACGUAGAUAAAAAUAAAAUAAAAGAUCUUGAGAUUAUUAUUUGAUGAUGAGUUGGCUUUAUACGAAAGUAAGCCAAAUAUACUCAAGAGGACUUUUUUGUGUUCUCUCCAGAGAAACAAACUCUGGCAGAUAUAUCUCUCUCUCUUACUGUCUUUAUCUAAUAUCGUAUAUCCUCUGUUUUUUAUUUUUAGGUUCCGCGUAAAUUACCAAAGUUAAAUCUUUGUUCCUUUAACGUUCUUGCUCUUGUCAUUUGUUAGAGAGGAGGAGGUAACAAAGAUCGAGUAUGGAAGAACUCAGGGGGUGAAUAUCAUUUUGUAGGUUCCAAAUCUUUUUUUAAGAACCCCCUGACGUUCAACCUUUCACCGGGGACGCAGAGGGGGCAAUGAUCGUAUACGGUGGGGGAGCAUCCGAGGACGGUGGAGGUGGACGGGUGGUUCUGAAGAAAGGGCCAUGGACGGUGGCGGAGGACGAGACUUUGGCUGCUUAUGUACGGGAAUACGGUGAAGGGAACUGGAAUGCUGUUCAGAAGAAGACGUGGCUGGCUCGGUGCGGUAAGAGCUGCCGCCUCCGCUGGGCUAACCACCUCCGACCUAAUCUCAGGAAAGGCUCCUUCACCCCUGAGGAAGAACGUCUCAUCAUACAACUCCAUUCUCAGCUCGGCAACAAAUGGGCUCGCAUGGCUGCUCAGUUACCAGGAAGAACAGAUAACGAGAUCAAGAACUACUGGAACACGAGGUUGAAACGCUUCCAACGCCAAGGCCUCCCUCUCUACCCUCCAGAUAUUUCCCCAAGCAAUCAUCAACAACAAAUGUAUCCUCAACAGCCCAACACACCCUCCUCACCUCUCCCGUCUCCAACACCCGCUUCUUCUUUUACCUUUCCUCUUCUCCAACCGCCUUCUCUGUGUCCCAAACGUUGUUACAACACUGCCUUCUCUCCCAAGGCCUCUUAUACUUCUUCUCCGACCUUUCUUAACACCCAUUUCCCACUUUCCUCCUAUCAGUCUACCAAUCCGGUUUACUCCAUGAAACAUGAGCUCUCUUCAAACCACAUUCCAUUCUCCACCUCUUUAGGAGUCUAUCAAGUGAGCAAGUUCUUAGACAAUGGUGAUUGUAACCAAAACCUUAACACCAGUUUGCAUACAAAUACCUGCCAGCUGUUAGAGGAUCUUAUGGAGGAGGCCGAGGCUUUAGCUGAUAGCUUUCGUGCUCCUAAGCGGAGACAACUCAUGGCUGCUCUCCAGGACAACAACAACAACUUCUUCUCGGGUAGUUUUGGACAUUGUGGUUCUUCCAACAAUCUAUUUCCCUUGCAAGGUUUAACACCAAAGGAAGACGAGUGUCUCCAGAUGAAUACGAUGCAAGAUGAGGACAUAACAAAGCUUCUUGACUGGGGAAGUGAAAGCGAAGAGAUCUCAAACGGGCAUUCCUCUGCGAUAACAACAGAGGACAGCCUUGUCCUUGACGAUCACCAGUUCGCUUUGCUGUUUCCAGUUGACGAUGACACCAACAACUUGCCAGGGAUCUGCUAGAGAAAGGCGAAAGAUCAAUGGACAACUAAAUGGAAACAUGUUCUUGAUUGUACAAUUAAAAUCCUGAAUUAUGAUAUCUGUCAAAUAUGUUGUAAUUAUUAAAGUUUUAUGAUCCUCAUGCUUGAGAUAUAACAAGUAUAGAGAUCUUGGCAUUGUUCAUCGGUUACAUGCCAACGGACAUCCCAAAUGAUCUACCAGCCUCUUUGCAUCUCCUGAAAGUGGAAUAUACCUGCCAGAAAUCAUUGUGUGCACAUUCCUAUUAACCAAGAAAAGUUUCUUCUAUGCUUAUAAUUUUCUUCUCACAUGGUCUACUCUUUAUUGGAUAGUUUUGUGUUCUUAGUACACGCAUAAGUACAGUCCUUGUUUCACCACAAUCAUGGCAAAAGAAAAAUGGAACAAAAGAGGCAAAAUCCAAAAAGAAAUGAAGAAGAAAAGCUCAAAGGGCGGAGAAAUCGCCUCAAUGCAGUGCUCUGAAGGUGCACUCAUAGAGUCUGCCUUCUGCAGCUAAAAUCUGCAUUUUCUGGGUGCAAAGAACUCCAGACCUUCAGAGAAUUGAAAAAGGCAUAAAGAAACAAGAAAGGAGGGCAAAAA